AUGUGGGUGCACUGCAUGUUGAGGUCUGGGCUGCUGUGUGCCACUUUGUCUCUUGCCAUUGCCAAGCACAAGCCAUCUCGACCCUCCUUCAUCCAACCUUGUCACUCAAGGGAGUUGCUGUCCCAAGCUGUCGACAACUUCUAUGUCAAGGCAGCCUGGCUGAAAGCCACAAUUCCAGAAGAUCGUGUAAAAAAUAUACGAUUAUUAAAAAAGAAAACAAAAAAGCUAUUUAUGAAAAACUGCAGAUUUCAGGAACAGCUUCUGUCCUUCUUCAUGGAAGAUGUUUUUGGUCAACUCCAAUUACAAACAUGCAAGGAAAUAGACUUUGUCGAAGACUUUCAUGGCCUUAGGCAGAAAUUGAGCCAUUGUAUUUCCUGUGCUGCACCAGCUAGAGAGGUGACAAUCAUUACCAGAAUGAAAAGGACAUUUUAUGGGAUUGGAAACAAAGGAAUCUAUAAAGCCAUCAGUGAACUGGAUAUUCUUCUGUCCUGGAUUAAAGAACUGUUAGAAAACAUUCAGUAA